AUGUCUUUACAAAACACUUCAAUCAAAGUGACAGAGUUUAUCAUUAGUGGUUUUGAUACAACCAGUAGUCCUGUGGUAGUUGGUGUUGCUUUGCUUCUUCUUUAUAUUAUAGCUCUUCUUGCCAAUAUGCUUAACAUUUUCAUUAUUGUGUAUGAUAAGAAUUUGCACAAACCCAUGUACCUUCUGAUCUGUAACCUUGCUGUUGUUGAUAUUCUGUACACAUCUAGUGCCAGUCCCACAAUGAUUGGAGUUCUACUUACUGGUGUUAAAACUAUAUCCUAUGUGCAGUGUUUGAUCCAAAUGUGUGUUUUCCACUUAGGAUGGUUGAUGGAGAUGUUUGCACUGUCAAUUAUGGCAUUUGAUCGAUUGAUCGCUGUUAGUUGUCCUUUUCAGUAUCACAGAUAUUUAACGAACAUGCGAGUUGUCGUUCUUACAUAUAUCUUAUGGAUUGUUGCCAGUGCAUUAGGUAUUGCUUCUUGUGCAAUUGUGAUUCCUCUUCCUCACUGCUACACAGGACUAAAGUAUAAUUUCUGUAACUUUGCUGCUGUAAUUCGAACCACUUGUGUUAACCCAGAGUACUAUUUUAACCUGGUUGCAAUCGUUACAGUGUUUCUUACAUUUUUUACCUUCAGUUUCAUUUGCUUAUCGUAUUUUGGGAUCAUAUUUUUUGUGAAGUUUACUUCAAAUAAUGAGAAAGUGAAACUGGGAAGCACUUGUUUGAGUCACUUGAUUGUUGUAAUAUGUUAUUAUGUUCCAGGAUUUGUCAUCACUUUCUUGACCAGGCUUGGUGUUGUAUUAUCUGUUGAGGAACGUAAUGGCUUAAAUAUUGGGAUGGUCCUUGGACCGACUAUUGUGAAUCCUUUUGUUUAUUGUUUUAGAACAGAAGAAAUUAAGUGUAGGAUUGUCAGGACAUUUAAAAAACUUGAGCUAUCAUGGUCAAUUGUUAUUUAGUCUCAAUUUACACUUGUUUACCUUGCAUGUUUAUAAUGGUAUUGAGACUUUUUUAUGCCAGGCUUUUAUGUUUCUCCUCACAAAGAUAAGCAGAAAUUGUAAACACUGAAUUGCUACAGGUACCACAAUGUCUGUUUUUACAAAUACUAAUAUAAAAUGUGUUUUCUUUAAAGUGUUAGACUGCUUAACUGCCCACAAUAAGUCCUACACCUUACAACACAGGACACCAAAAUGCAUUAGUGAAAUAGCUUGUUUUAAUAUAAUUUGGUUUCUUGUGGUUCCAGCUUGCCAAAUGUAAGAAUUAAGAUCCUUUUCUUUAUGACAACACGGUACUUUUUCUGCAAGUCAAUGAUGUAUGUAUGAUUGUCAUUUAAAUUUCCACAAAAAAACAAAUAAACUUGAUUGAAAAAUAGGUGCUGGCCACAGUAUUGACUGGGGGUGACACCUGCAACAGCAGCCUGAUGUGCUAACCUGCCUAAACCUCUGUAGCUAACUGCCCAAUUGUAAGCCCUAAUGGUGAGAAUACCUGU